GCUACACGCACACUACACAUAACACAUUUCGAGAAAAGUUGGAUUAAUAUUGUAAAUAUAUUAUUGUACUGUAGCUAUGUCAUAUACGGGUUUUGCUAGGCAUACGGGACUUCAUUUAUGCGUGUUGCACGAGGUUGCUUCUCGCUUUAGAACAUCCUCGUUCCGCGUUUGUUUUCUUCGCUUUUGCUUAGUGAACGUGUUUCUUAGCUAUGGAAACUGCUGUAAAACAACCUGAAGAGGCGCCACAGAAUCCAAGGAAGGUUUUUCUCGGAGGCAUUAAUAGUGACAUUGACGAGAGCGUUAUACAAGAGGCGUUCGCCAAGUUUGGCAAAAUCGCGGAAGUUUUGAUCAUUCGAGACAAAGAAACAGGUUUCACUAAAGGCUAUGGUUUUAUCACUUUUGAAACUGCUGAAUCAGCCACUAAAGCUGUAGCAGAAAUGCAUUCUCAAACAAUUCGUGGUCGGACUCUUACAGUUCAAAUUGCUCGUCCUGACACUGGGAAGGAAUCUUUUCAGAGAAGACGGCAAGGGGAAUAUCGUCGCUCUCCACCAUUGAGACGAAUGGGAAGAGACCAAAAUCGUUCAAGAAGCAGAAGUAGGGAGAGGAGAGAACCAAGGAGAGGCACGUGGGGAGAGCAAAACAACAGAGAUGCUGGUCGAGGUCGAUGGAGAGGGAGGGACGAUGGGGAUUUACGGCAUCAAAUCAGAGAACAGGAGAGGAUACAUAUGCAGAGGAGAGAACAGGAGAGCAGAGAUACUUGGCAUGGCAAUGAUGGUUCGUAUGGUAGCAGACCACGUGGAGAGAUGGCAGGGUAUGGGCGAGGUGCACAAACUGACAGACGCUUCACACGUUGGGAUCCUAAUGAGGAUGAAAGUCGUCGUAGCCAAAUGGGUGGUGCGCAAGCAACCAGUGAAGUAAGUGGUUAUUAUGGUGAAGGGCAUGGCUACUCUACUGGAUAUUAUAAUGACAGACAAGAGCAGGAAAGGCAGAGAGAAUUUCGAAUGAAGAGAGACGUUUCUUGGGGAGUGAACCAGGAGGCAGGAGGAAGGGUGGAUGAUCAGUACUACAAUACAAACAGGCAGCAGCAAAUGGGCGACUCGGCAUAUAGACAGGAUGACAGACAAAGGAUGAGAUCAGAUCAAGUGAGAUCAGCCUACAGGUCUGAUAAUGAACGAAUGUAUGCAAAAGGUGAUGACAGAAUGAGAAUAGACAGAGACAGGAUGGGUGCAGGUGUCAGUAAGGAGAGGAUGGGGGCAAACGAAUGGGCUGGUCAACAGAUGGAAGGUGAACAGAUUGGUGCACGGGUUGAUCGUACUGGAAUGUCAGACAGAGCAGCAGGCAUGGCCGAUAGGAUAGGUGUGGGUGGGGCAUCCAGAAUGGGUACAUCCGAUAGAUUGAGUGUACCUCAAAGGUUAGGAGAACCAGGAAGAAUGGGUGGUUAUGAGCGAGCUGGCUUGCCUGAGAGGUCUGAUUUGUCUGAGAGAGGAGGCUUGCUUGAAAGAACGGCCAUUUCUGAUAGAUUGGGUGCGCCUGAACGAGCAGUCACACGUGAGCAAAUGGGUGGGGCUGAGCGACGAAGUGGAGAUGGUCGGAUAGGAAUGAACCAUCCCCGUGAAUGGACUGGGACAAGGUCUCAUGGUGAAAGGAUGGCAGACAGACUUGAGAAUGAGAUACCUCGACCAAGAGAAGAUCUCAGCAGGUGGAGAUGGAGUCAAGAAGAUCAGCAAGGUGCUACUAGAUCUGACCUUGGUGGUAGGAUGGAUUCUCAACGUGAAAGAAGUUAUGUUCCUACACAACCUGAAGGCCAGAUGAGCCGUGGAGAGAGUCGGUGGGAGGAACAACGUCCCACUCAGCAACCAUCAUCACGUUACUAUGAUGAGAGACAAGGUGAAAGACGCAUGACCCCAAGUGAUGGCUAUAGAGAUCCUUCAUCUCAUCAGCAGUCUGUCCCUCAGCAAAGUAGAUGGGAACCUCGAGACUCCGCUAGAUUACCUGCCAGUCAAUAUGAUCCAUAUGGUCGACCAACGGCCACAUUCUCUGAUGAGUCAUCACGUUUCCCUCAGCAGUCCAACCCAUACAGUGACAGUCGUGCAGCUGGUAGUGCAGGUCGACCCCAUGCCAGUCGUUUGGCUCCUCAACCAUAUGCUACGUCAGAAGAACAAACUAGAAAUUUCAUAAGAGAGUAUGAAGGUUACUCUCCUACAAAACCACAAAUAUAUGAAGAAGAAGAAUAUUCCCACCAGCCAUCACGUUAUUCUCGUGAUAGUCAAGAAAAAUCUUACAGUGACCCGUCAUCUUAUCGGGCUUCAAAUGCUUAUUCAAGGAAGCCUGACAACAGCCAGACAUAUCCUAGUUCAUCUCCUCAGUCUGGUCCACGACGUGUGGGCGAGGAGCUUGAAGCAUCGAGACGAGGUUAUAGGUCUUCCUAUCCAUCAGAUAAUCCACACGAGUCUUCCCAGAAUUCUCGUUAUUCAUAUUUCCAGUCUCAGUCACGUGCAGAUACCUCCGGUUAUAGUCAGUCUAGUGAUUGGAAAGAUGCACAUCCAAUGUCACGCUCUGAAUUCCAGCAAUCAUCAUACAAUGAGGCAACUAACAAGCAUAACCCAAAUCUUAACCCUUCACAUUCUUCAUCUUCACAGUCACAACACAUAGACCCUUCCUCAUCACAACCAAACUCCGCAGCCACUUCUACACCAGCUUUGAGUGAAGCUUCCAAUGCACCUAACCCUGGCUCUACAGCUGGUAACAGAGUCCAGAUAGUUAAUAGUCCUGCUGUUUUGCCAAUCCGGCCAGUCAACACAGUUCCCACUGUUUCUCUUAGAGCCCCCAUGUAUGGCUAUCGUGCACCCAUCUUGUUGCGGCCACAAGUUGGAAUGCCUGCCUUGCGAGGUCUUGCUGCACAAGUGUUUCCUUUUGCUGGAAAUCGACCAGUAAGGCCACAAUAAAGGAAUCAAGCAUUUCUUUCAUGAUGAUAUCAACUCUAUAGUGUCAAGUCUCACCUGUUCAGUUGCCGUCCACUAGUUCACAACUGCUGUUUGCUUAUAGUCAUUGCAAUGUUUGUUUUAGCUAACCAAGUCACCACUGUGUUGGUAA